UACCUACACUCUUCAACAGGGCAACAAGAUGCAAGCAACCAUCUUUGGAUACAACAUCAGAAUUCUGCAAAAUACACUGAAAAUGUACCAUACAUAUUGCAUAACAAAUGCUGCUGUCGGCCAGACUUCAGAAAAAUUCCGUUUUCUGGAAAACAAGUACCAAUUGGCCAUCAAUGCUUGCACACCAGUUGGAGAGAUAGAAAUUGACGGCCUCACACUCAGAACAUUGAGAUACAACUUCACUCCAAUCACCGCUAUUUCUCAAGUUCGAGUCUCCGAUCCAAAAAUAGAUGUGCAAUUUGCAAUUUUAGAAGUUGGACCACUAAAACUUAUCAAUGAUUCAUAUGUCGUGGAUGUCCGAGUAGUUGAUCAAGGCAUGCAGCCAACAAUCAUAUCACUGUGGGAUCAAUUUAGUGAAUAUGAAGCACGUGCAAUGGCAACUUUACCAGGAUCUUUCCCGGUAGUAAUUGGAUUGCGCUUGAAAACUUCCACAUAUUAUGGUUUGACACUUGCCAUACGGAACACAUCAAGUUUCAUCUUCAACCUGCCAAUACCAGAAGCAACUGCGCUACAAUCAUGGUGUGUGGUGAAUGCCAGCAAGAUCAGAGAAUUUCCAACAACACCAUCACAGCUUCUUCUGGCAAACCCAACUGAAGAAUCAGAUGAAAAAAUCACAAAGAUUGCCAACCUUCCGGUGAUCGUAUAGAAGGUAGAGUUCUUAACCGUCAAAGGCAUCGCAAGAGUAAUUGAUUUCGGACAAAAAUUCUAUCACCUAGCUUGCUCACUCUGCAAUAAAGCAACAAAUGCAUAUGGAGACGACAACUUCUGGUGCAACUAUUGUCUCCAAAAAGUACCAGCUCUCGCAGAGAUCAAAUUCAAUGUCCAAAUCACAGAUUCAACUGGAAAUAUUGAAGCAACAGUCUUUUCCAAAAUUGCAUCAGAAUUCUACAGCCUUACACCAGCAGAUUUAACUGACG